AUGGGUAAUCCAGCUGACAGUAUGAAGUCGACACCCCGUAUCAACGAACAAUCACGACUCCCAAAGCUCCCAAUUUUCAACGAUGCAGACGUCGUUCGCCGGUUAGAAACCUGGAAUGUUCGGUAUGAUUUCACACCCACAAUGUUCAGGAAAACAUCACGGCUUCCAUGGGUCUAUAUGGAUUUAGAAGAUCGUCCAAUUGAGUGCAAGAGAUUAUUCAAUCACGACCGCAUCAACAAUGAAGUCAACGCUUUGAAACUUGUUUCACAGAAAACUACAAUUCCCGUUCCGCGUCUUCUCGAUUAUGGUGUUAAUCCAGACGGUACACGAUAUCUUGUGACGGAACUCAUCGAUGGCGUUAAUCUUGACAAAUUGCGUGCAUUAGGCUGUCGGAUAACAACUGGCCAAAAACAUACGGAAGAAGCUUCUUGCGAUACUUGUGUGUGUAGAGCAUAUGCUAAUGCAAUCAACUUCGUAGAAAAUACUGUAUUACCACAGCUUUCCACUAUGAAAUCUCACACAAGAGGUAUUGUCGGCUUUGUUAUGCCUCCUGCUUGGCUACCUAUCGAUACGCAAAAGCCAUGGAAAGGAAGAAAAGGACCGUGGAAAACUCUCCCACUCGCAACUCCCGAAUACGUGUUUCAGCAUGGAGAUCUAGCAGCCCAUAAUCUUCUCAUAGACAUGGAAACUCUCCAACCUAAAGCUUUGAUUGAUUGGGAAUUUGCGGGCUAUUACCCCCCCGGAAUGGAUCUGUGGUCUGGAACAUUGGAUUUCCGUACAUAUGUUCGUUCUGCCAGAGGUGAUAAUAUGGCGGAGUUGAUUAGGAAAUAUAUUCCCGAGGACUUUUUGGAGGCUUGUAGUCAAUUGGAGGAUAAAGAGAAUUUUGACUUGUUAGUUAGAUCGGGAUAUUUUCCGGAUCCUGAGGAGUUGAGAGCAUCUACAUCAACGCCGGUCAUCCAGAAAAACUAA